CAUACUUUAGUGAGUGCCGUGUUUGCGACAUACAGUUUUAGAUAGCACUGAACUCUUGGAACCUUCAAACAUCAGUACUAUUUGAAGUUAUCUAAUACUCUUGAUUCAGUACUCUGAACAGCUGGACACAUAUUGGCACCAUCAGCGAUCAUGGAGACCCCUUCAGGAACUGGAGUUCUUCAUCCUUACUGGCCACGGAACCUUGUCAUUCCCACCUAUGUUGCCAAUGAUCGAUCUAUGUCAGAGCUCCUGUUGUUUCUGUUUUCUGUGUCUGGUGUGUUUCUGCUUGCAACCUGGCAGCUUACUGGCUGGAUUGGGGCCACUGGCAGGAUGGGGACAUGGAGGCGUCUGGCUGUGGGCUGGUUUGGUGUUUGUGGUUUUAUCCAUUGCAUCAUUGAAGGCUGGUUCUCACUGUAUUAUGAUAUUAUUCCAGGAGAUCAGCACAUCAUCUCACAGCUGUGGAAGGAGUACUCAAAAGCGGACAGUCGAUAUAUAAUAGCUGAUAACUUCACUGUCUGUUUGGAGGCCGUGACUUUUUGGUUAUGGGGGCCGUUCAGCUUUUGGGCUGUGUUUGCCUUCUUAACUGACAAGGCCUACAGAUUUGUUCUGCAACUCAUCAUUUCAUUAGGUCAGCUGUAUGGAACGCUGCUUUACUUCUUCACAGAGCACAGAGAUAGCUACAUUCACAGUGAUCUGGGACAUCCAAUCUACUUCUGGUUCUACUUCGUGUUCAUUAAUAUCCUGUGGUUUGCCAUUCCACUGGUGCUCAUUGUGGACGCGUGGAAACAGCUGUCAGCAGCCCAGACACACACAGACAACACACAGACACACAAGUCCAAGAGAAACUGAAGCGCAACAUUCAGAAAAGACCGCAGGACACUGAUUAUGGGGAAAACACGCAAAAAGACCCGGUAUUAAUGAAAAGAAGAUAUGGCAAAACAAAUGUUUACUAGUUUGUUGGGCAUGCCUCAUGUAAGUUUUGCCAUGUUGUACCUGUUGUAAUUUGUGCCCUUUAAAAAUGUAUACGAAUCAUUUUGAAGUGCAGAAUGUUCCUUGAAUGUUGUCCUGACUUUGUGUCGCCCCAGAAGAGAAUUAAAAUAAAUAAAUAAA